AUGGGUGGCUCAUUUACAAAGACUGGGGGUUUGUUACCAGAGCUAUCCUCGACAUCAUUGAUCAAGAUAUCUAUAAUUGGUUUGGAGAAUUCGGGAAAGUCAUCAUUGCUAUCAAAGUUUAUUGACAAUACUCACAGAAAAGCUGUUCAAUCGGUACUGGUAUCUCAAGGAGUGUAUGCAGAUAUGGUCAAUUAUAAAGGAUGGGACAUUUUUGUUGGCAAUCUACUCUAUCCAAACUAUAUUAGAAAAGCAUUCAAACCUUAUUUACUUUUAUCCGAUAUCAUUAUAUUCAUUGUCGACUCUUCUGAUUAUCAACAAAUAUCAUCUGCCAAGGAACAAAUAGAUAUUUUACUUGGUGAGAAUUGUAUCAAUAGCACUGUAUUCCUUGUAUUGGCAAACAAACAAGAUAUUAAAAGAAUAACAACUCCUCAAUUGGAGAAUUAUUUAGAACUAUCAAGGCUUAAUUGUCCUUAUAAUAUUAUGCCUGUUUCAGUUUUGAAAGAAACAAAUCUCGAUGAAACUAUAAAAUGGAUACUAAAACAAUUGGAUGGUCAUAUACAACUAAGAAAUAAUAAUAAUAAUAAUAAUACUAACAGUAAUAAUAAUCAAAAUAAUAAUAAUAAUACCAGCUAA